AUGGACUCGAUCUGUGAAACUGAUCCUCUUGACGGGGUGCCCAUAGAUGCGCCGUGGGGAGAUCUAGGUAGAAAUUUUACGCUAGGUCUAGUAGCUAUAGGGAGCAAGUUUGUGCUCAAUGUGCUCAACACCACGAGGAUCACCAAUGUUGAAGGCAUCGAGGAGGUAGCCAAUAACAGGCCCCCUGGCGUUGGCCUGCUGACAGUCUGCAAUCACACCAGUACAAUAGAUGACCCCGUCGUGCUCAGCGCCUUGCUGCCGUGGAAGUUCUUCUACACAGAAAGCAUGCAUGGGGGCAACCGGUGGUCUCUAUGCGCCAAGGAGAUCUGCUACCGCAACGCCUUUCUGGGGCAGUUCUUUCUGAGCGGCAAGACGCUGCCGAUCGAGCGGGGGCGGGGCCUGCAGCAGCCGGCGAUGCAGACGGCGGCGCGGCUGCUGGGGCGGGGGGACUGGGUGCACGUGUUCCCAGAGGGCCGCGUCGGCUAUAGCGGCCGCGUGCAGCCCUGCAAGUGGGGCGUCGGCAAGCUCGUCUGCGACUGCGUCGCUGAGAGCGGCAGGAACCCGGUGAUUUUGCCCUUCUACCACAGUGGGAUGGGGCGGGUUAUGCCGGAGCAUGGGCGGAUUCCGCGGGUGGGCCGCCAGGUGGACAUCACCGUUGGGCAGCCCCUGGACGUGUCAGACCUCACCUGCCGCUGCGGCCAGCCCGGCACCGACCAGAAACAGGCGCGCCACCUGCCCCAUCCAGCUCACCUGGCCGACCUUUCUUCGCUGUCGCCUUUUUUUGCAGCGUGUUUGCAGACGCACCCUGUCUCUGGCAGGAACAGCAUGGCAACAUGGUAA